GCCGGGAAAGAAAUAACAAAAAGCACAGUUUUUUAUAUGCUUGAAUAACUCCGUACUAUAAAAUCGGUAUCAUCGUCUUCAUCAUCACAUCGCUCUGUAUCUCUCUCUGUAAAUUCAUUCCAAUUCGAUAGAAAUGGAAAUAUCAGCGGAGCCCAUCAGAGUUCAAAGCUUAGCCCAAGCCGGCCUCAACCAAGUCCCGCCACAAUACAUUCAACCUCCCCAGCACCGACCCAAUCUACCUUCUUCUUCAACCAACAUUCCGCUCAUCAACCUUUUCGGCCUCGACCCGACCCGACGUGAUUCGGUUCGGGCCUCAAUUGGGCAAGCCUGCCGGGACUGGGGCGCCUUCCACGUCACCAACCACGGCGUUCCUGCCAGCAUAGUCGACGCCAUCAAGCGCGCGGGCCUCACCUUCUUCAACGACAGCUCAGUCGAAGACAAACUCAAGUAUGCGUGCGAUCCGAGCUCGUCGGCGUCGGAGGGCUACGGCAGCCGGAUGCUGGAGAAGGACGACACCGUUUUGGACUGGAGGGACUACUUCGAUCACCACACCCUCCCCCUCCGGCGCCGGAACCCCACGCGAUGGCCCCAUUUCCCCGCAGAUUACCGCCAGGUGGUUUCCGAGUACAGCGAUCAAAUUGCUUCGCUGGCGCGAGAGCUGCUGGGGCUGGCGUCCGAGAGCCUGGGGCUUGAAACGCGGCGUUUAGAGGAGGCGGUUGGGGAGUUUUGGCAGAACAUUACGAUCAGCUAUUACCCACCGUGUCCUCAGCCUGAGCUGACUUUGGGCCUGCAGGCCCAUUCGGAUUUUGGUGCGAUUACGCUGUUGGUCCAGGACGAGGUGGGUGGGCUUGAGGUGCUUAAAGACGGAGAGUGGGUUCCUGUGAAGCCUUUGGGUGGUGAUGCCAUUGUUGUUCUUCUAGCUGACCAAACCGAGAUAAUGACCAAUGGGAAGUACAGGAGUGCUCAACAUAGGGCUAUAACCAAUUCCAAUCAGGCACGGCUCUCAGUUGCUACAUUUCAUGAUCCAGCCAAGACGGUGAAAGUAUCCCCUGCUUCUGAGCUUACCAGUGCGUUAACUCCUCCCCUCUACCGGGAAGUUGUUUAUGGAGAUUAUGUGUCAUCGUGGUACACAAAGGGCCCAGAAGGAAAACGGAACAUCGAUGCCCUCCUGCUUGAACCUUGAUCGUUAGUUGGAAAACCCUCAUUUCCCCAACUUGCCAACGCCUUGCGUUCUAGAAAGGAAGCAGAGCAACUGUCAUCAGUAUUUUAGCUUGGGACUUUGGUUUGGGAGGAUUGCAUAGUCUUUCUUAUCCAUACCACACCUUUAACAAUACAUAAUUCUGUUCAACAUGUACAUGAAUUGGUUAGUUGAUUGCAAAUGUGAAUUCAAGUGCACCAUCUUGCUUUAGCUGCAAGGGUUGUUUUUAGCUUUC